UAUGUUUCUAGAAAAUAGGUAGAUCUGCAGAAACAAUAAAAGCAGCUCAAGAAUCUUAUAAUUUGAGGAAACAAAUAUAUGGAUAAUAUGCGAAACAAACUGUGAAAAGCCAAGAAUUACUAUCUCAAAGCUUUCUAGAAGAAGGUAGGUAUGAAGAGGCACUGUAACACUACACUUAACUGAAAUAACUGUAUUUUGAGAAUUUAGUCAAAUGCACUGUCGAUGAGAGAUUCGAUA